GCGCCAAAACUCGUCUCUUAAGCUCUCCCAUCAUGAUAAAAUCAAUAAUGAUCUUUAAUAACCAUGGAAAGCCACGGCUCUCCAAGUUCUACCAGCAGAUUGACAUCGCCACCCAACAAGCGUUAAUAGAGGAAAUAUUCUCAUUGGUCUCCAAACGACCCGACACCGUGUGCAACUUUUUAGAAGGUAGCAAGCUGCUUGGAGGAAAGGAUACUCGAGUGAUUUAUCGUCACUAUGCCACUCUAUACUUUGUUUUUGUUGUAGACGAGAGUGAAAGCGAGCUCGGUAUAUUAGAUCUAAUUCAGGUGUUUGUGGAGAGCUUGGACAGAUGCUUUGAAAACGUGUGCGAACUAGACUUGAUUUUCCACUUUGAAGAGGUUCAUCACAUUCUUACUGAAAUCGUGCAAGGCGGCAUGGUGCUGGAAACCAACAUGUCCGAGAUUGUAACCGCUAUUGGCGAGCUUAACAAGAUGAAGAAGAAGAGUGGAGCAAUAUCAGCUGGCUCUUUAAGCUUAAAAGCCUCCGAGACCUUACGAAGCUCAUUCCGCCAUUGAUCACCCAACUUUACUUGUACUCAACCAUGUCCCAUAAUUAAAAAUCGCUUUCAGCCAUAUUUCCAUUCAAGAGCUUCUAGACAAUAUAACUGAUCCAUCUUGAACUUUUUCAUAAUAA